CUGAAUUUUUAUAAUUUUUGUACUUUUUGACAAUAAAAUGUCUAUAAUUAUUAAAUUGAUAAAAAUGUUUAGAAAAUUAUGACUUUGUUGAUAAAUGCUAACAGACUGCGAACUAUAUUCUACCGUGUUAUUCAUCCACAAAGUGUGUAGUGCGUUCUGCGAUCAAAGGAAUAGGGAAUAAACUGAGCUGUGUUCAGAUGCGGUUCCGGUGUUCCUCUGUACUGUAAACAAGAUGGGAAUCCAACGCACCUGAGAUGAAUUGAGGUUUUGAAAUUCAUACAAUUGCUGACAGAUCAGAGAGAAUGCCUUUUGUAACUUUUACAGAAUGGAUAUAUCAUUCAUAUCGUGCACCUGAUGUGUGAUUACAUGGUUUUUGGUCGAAGAGUGUGUCAGUAACAUCGACAUUGCCCCCCGCUCCUAAUACUCAGCUGGAGUCGGUGCAGGGUGAGAAAAUUCAAGUUUCGAAGGAUCGGAGUUCUCAGUGGAUUAUCGCCGGUUGUUUUUCAGUUUAGCUUCUGUCAGUCGACUGAAACAAAAAACAGACGUCAACAUGGCAUCGAAGUGCAAUAAAUUUCUUCCGAAUAUUUUCAACAAAACGAAGUGUCAACACUGUUUUGCAGCUAAAGAGGCUCAUUCUGCAGAGGCCUUGGAAAACAACAAGGCCUCUCGGAAAGUGUCAAAAUGUGGAUACCUGUUCGUGUCGCCGGGAUUCGAUUUCAACAACCCGUUGGACAGAUCCAGGAGAUGGCAGCGACGCUUCUUUGUCCUCUACGACGAUGGGGAACUCUCUUAUUCUGUGGACGAAAACCCGGACACAGUGCCCCAGGGCGUGGUGGACAUGAACAAGUGCACUGAUGUGAACGACGCCGAGGCGGCCACCACUCACGCCAACUCACUGUCCAUCAUCACGCCAGACAAAACCGUACACAUCAAGGCCAACUCCAAGGAGGAGAUUCAGUGGUGGCAUGACAUUCUGGCUGAGUUCCCCAAGGCUCUCAAGGCGGUGAAACCACGCAGGAAGCAGCCUCUGCUUAUUCUCAGCAAUAAGGAAAACUUGCAGCCCGGAUGUGACGUAGGUGGCGACUCAAGGUCAGAGGUGAAAUCUCGCGUGGACGCCCCGGCUUUCACCACGUUCCGGGGCGUGCGCAGCCUCAAGCACAAGUACGACGCCAACUACCAGGACGGCAUGCGCAAAAGCAGCAGCCUGCACGACCUCUCCUCGGAGCAAGAGCAGCAGGACAUGCGCGACCGCCUUCGGUGCUCACGCUUCCUCAGUCACUCAGGGGACCGCCUAGACGUGCUCAGCCGCGACGCCACCUCCACAUUUUCCCUGUCCAGCAACAAGAACAGCCACCCGGCAGAUGCCCAUCUCCCGAACGCGCCCUACUUUACGAUGCCCAGAAGCACGUGGACGCGGACCGGACAGCCUGUUCCCCCAGCGUUCCUCACGCCUGCUAAAGGACUGAAAUCGCAGCAAGCGACCUCUGGGUCUCACUCCUCCAUAUCUUCCACGACGUCUUCUCUAGGCGGCGGGGGUGUUCCUCCUCGAAGAGGCUCCUUUGACGAGCGCCCCGCCAGUUCUCAAGCCCCGGCAGGGAGGCUGCAGCGGGAACGGUCGUCCAGUCUGAAAGACUUCCCCACACAGCUUAGCCUGGCCCGGGACGGGGGUGAGGAUCUGCCACAUCACAGCAUGAGCGCCGACGAGACGGACAGCAACGAGACGGAUGAGCUCAAGAUGGCGCGGAAUUCGGAAUUCAAUGCCACUAGUAGGGCGCUGGGCCGCGCUCAGGCUGCAGGGGCGGGCCCGGCCGGCAGCAAAUACGAGGACUUGGUGUACAUGAAGAAAGGCUGGCUCAUCAAGCAGACGCCUUCCGAGAAAGAGUCCAAAAAGCACUGGUUCGUGCUCGCUGGGAACUCUCUGCGCUACUACCAGGACGCCAAGGCCGAGGAGGGCAACGCCCUGGACGGACGCAUUGACCUCUCCACCUGCUACGAGGUGUCUGAGCUCACCACACACAGGAACUACGGCUUCAAGAUCAAGACUAGGAACGGCGAGUAUGUGCUGGCGGCCAUGACCUCCGGAAUCCGGAACAACUGGAUGAAGGCCAUCCGCCUGUGUAUGGAACUGCACAGCUCGCUUCCCAAGAGGCCCUCCCCCGGCCCCUCCCCCGGCUUGCCUGGCGUCCCGCUGUCCGCCAGGAGCCCCGCCAGGGAUGACCUCGAGUUCAAAUCAGGGGCCGCGACCAGCUCCACCACGGCGGUGACAGGUGCGGGAGGAGAGACGGCCUUCCAGCUGGUGGGUCGCCGCGAGUCCUACAGACGCGAGAGUCAGAAACCCGCGCGGCGGCACCACUCGGACGUUAACCCUGGCAACGUGAGUAAAGUGCUUUCGGUGAAGGAAUUCUCCGCCAGUAUAGACGUUGGCGGCGGCGUGGACCCUUUGGCGUCGUCAGGGAGCAGCACGCGCAGUUCAGACAGCCGACAGAGCUCGGUGGUUUCUGACGCCAACAACGCCCGAGUCGCGGCCGAGCUGGCGACGCCACGCGCCUCUAAGAUCCCGCGACACAGAAGUCCUUCGAGUGAGUCCGCGGCGUGGUCGCGGGCCGGGAGUACGAGCAGUGUUGGCGGGAGCAGCGGCGCUCUGAUGAUGAAGCGGUACGUCGAGGGGAGCGACAGUCUCUCAGGCGCUUCUCUUGGCGGCGGUGGCGGCGGUAGCGGUGCGGCGUCUUCCCAAGGCGGGGCGGAACUCGCCGGCGGGAAUAACAAGUCGACAGUGAUGUCCAAGCGCAAUGUUACGAGUGAAAGUACGAAGGAGGAGGUGAAGCGCGAGAUGAUGCGGCGGGCCAAGUCGCCGAGCGCUCGUGUCAAAGAGAAAUCGCGCGCCGCCAAGACGCCGCGCCUGCACUCGCCGAUCUACGUGGACGAGAUGGGCUACGGCUACCACCAUCACGCCAUGGCUGGAAGCAGCGCUACAGCGUCCUCGGACGCCGGCUCUGCCAUGUCGGACACCCUGGAGGAGGCGCAUUACUCGGACAUUGCCAUGUCAGAGGAGGAGUACCCCGGCCCGGAGGACACAGACCCAGACGAAGUGGGCAGUGCCACGGCCUCAGACGUCGUGGGUGGUGAUGAGGCCCUUGUGGAGAUACUGGAGACAGAGGUGGAGUCAUUGAAGGACCGGCUGGAGCACACCCAGACAGAGCUGGACAAGGUGCAUAAAGACAACAUUGACCUCAAGUCACGACUGCACAAAGAGGCCACUCAGAGUGUGGACAGCGGCUACAGUACUGGAAGUCGAUGGGCACAAAACUCAAGUCAGAACGAGCAGCAAGGCCUGAAGCGUCAGCUGAAAGAGUCACGGGAUGUGGUGCAGAGGCAGCGACUUGACAUUGAGAGCUUAAAAAGUAAACUGGAUAUGUCUGUUUCCAAACUGACCGGCACUGAGAAGGCUUUAUCAGAGGCUCUCCGUGACUACAAACAAGAGAAAGACAAAUUUCUGAAAAUGAGCUCUGAGUGGAACCGGCGCAUCCGCACCAUGGAGAGCCAGUCCAAGGACAGCCUUCACAAGUUGGAACGCAACCGUGAGACCCUGCAGGCCAAGGAGAGAGAGUGCCGGAGACUGGAGGCCGAGGUGAAGAACAAUCUGCAGCGUAUGCGGGAACAGGAGAGGGAGAUCCUCAAGCUGAAAGCUGUGGAGCACGAGUACAACCUGCUGAAGGAGAAGUUGGAUGACCGUGAACAAGAGCUCUCAGGUCUGCGGUCGGAGCUGAAGGAGAAGGAUCACUUGACCAAGAAGACGAAGGAUGAGUAUGAGCGCCACCUGGAGGAAAUUGACAGAGAGUACAGCAGGGAGCGGGACGACCUUGAACUUCACCUGGAACAGCUGAAAUCAGAGCUGUACUCGGCCCAUGAUCGCCAGGCGUCCAUGACUGACAACAUGACCUCAGACAUGACAGAGAUGAUCAAGGAGAAGGAUGACAUCAUUGCCCAGCUCGAGGAGAAGAUGAUUGAGACUGACAAACGACUGAUUGAAAUGUCAGAAGAGCUGCAUGCAGAGAUGGGGGAGAAUGCAGAAAUGGCUCAUAGUAUGGAGAUGCUUCAGGGGGACAAAAAGAAGCUAAUAGGCACCAUGGAAAAGCUGGAAGCGCAGCUCAUGGCUGUGCGCACCAAGGUGUCGGGUUUUGAGUCUGAAAAUGCUUCCCUGAAAAAGCAACUGGAAGAGUUGCGCCGUGAAAACAGCCAGUUGCAGCGAAGUCUGAGCAGUGUACAGUCCUCCAGCAGGGACGGAGCCGCCUCAGAACAGGAGCGAGAGAGGCUGCAGAAGACAAUAGCAGACCUAAACUCGGAGAUCACCAGUCUUCAGGCACAGCUUGACCAGGCAGAGGUAGUGGCCGAACGGUCAACUGGUGUAGAAAGAGGCUCCAGCUCUAUCAGCAGCAUCUCGAGCGUGUCCAGCGACCACCAUCAGGACCUUCUGCACACAGUACUACUGGCUGACUCACGCCUCAAGGAGGUGAACGCCAUGCUGCUGAAGCUGCGGCAUAACUUUGACUCCUACCUUGACUCCCUCACUGAUGAAGGCCAGCGGCAAGCAAUUGUCUUGGCUGAUUUCAUUGAGGAUGUUGGUCACAAAUGUCAGGAUAUUCAGGACACUCUGAGAGACUCCCAGGAUGGUCAGCCAUCCUCUCCACCGUCACAAGAUGGCGACUACAAACAUGUGGUGACAGUCACUGCGCUGUCCGGGGGUAAGGCUAUCAUGGAGGAGUACAAGGGGUUGAAAGUGAAGUUUGACCAAGCAGUCGUGGAGUUGAGGAAAGUGAAGAAGGAUUUUAGUGACCGUUCCGCUUCAUAUGAGUCCCUCCGUCAGGAGGAUCGUAAACUGAAAGAAAAGGUGGCUGUUAUGGAGGGGACAUACAACCGGGAGCUUGUGCAACUCAUCGCCCGUGUGGAUGGGCUCAGUCACAAAAUUGUCAAUGUGCAGACACAGUCCACUGCUCCUUCGAGCUCUUCACUCCGGGAUACAUCUGCCACUGUGAUCAAAGACAUUGAGCAGCAGCUGCAAGAUUUGGACAGCACAAUUUCUUCCUUAGAGCAGCAGGCAGCCAGCCUGUCUCCAACUGUUGCCUCUUCAUCUUCCAGCAGCUCCCUCAGUGGACAGCAGGAUCUGUCCAUCAAACUGGAGGCAGUCCGCUCUCAGCUGGAGGACACCAAUACCAAACUCAAAUCUCUUGGCUCAUCUUUGUCUUCAUCUUCCUCAGGCCUUGUCUCGAAAGUGGAGGCCUACAAGGGCAGGCUUGGUUCCUUGUCACAAUCCCUGCAGUCUUCGUCUGUCUCCUCGAAUAAGGCAACUGCUGUGAGUGUGCCGAACUCGGGCAGGGCCUCAUCAGCAUCUGAAAGUGGUGCAGCCUCUGCAGGUGUGAGCUCGUGUCUUCUGCAGAUCAAGGAAAAGAUUCAGGAGAUUGGUGAGCAGUUGGACUCUCUGGAGGAGGACGGAGAAGACUCUGACAGUGAUGAGGAGGACAGUGAACAAACGACAGUGGAGGACAUUCGUGAGAAGCUGGCCAGCCUGACUGAGUUUGUGGAGCAACACUCAAAGAUGUCCAGCUCAGACUGGGAACUGCUGAGACUUCUGACUCUGCAUAAAGAGGUUAUUCAGAAUAGCAGAGAGCCCAUGGAGACAGAUUCAGUCAGUGAUGAACACAAACUGAAGCUGUAUGCAGACCGUCUUUCGUUAGAGGCUGUGAUUCUCUCUGAGAUGGCCCACAUCUUACAAAGCAAAGAUCAUCUGGUGCCAGAGGACUCUGUGAGCCGGCAGAUUGAUGCUCUGAGCAGUCAGCUGUUGUCUUUGCACCACACACUGGACACAGAGAUGAAGACCAUGCACUUCGAAGACCCACAGGCUGAUCUGCUAGCCUCUUAUGCAGAACUUGUGGCAGAGAAGAUCCUGGUGAAUAGUCAGCUGUGUAGCAGCACGUUUGAUCAGCGAACUCACAUGGCAGUGUCAGGCGAGGCGCCUUCAUCUACUGUUCAGCCUGUACUUUUGGCCACAGAGGCUAUCCUCCGCUCUCAGGUCGACUCCUGUAUCAACGGCAACUUUGACCGCUCUGCGGACGAGUUGUUGGUUCUUCCUACGCACCUCACAUCACGUACCCUCAUUCAAGGGGAGCUCACCUACGCUUUAGCCAGUCUGAAGGAUCGUCUGGCAGCGCAGCCAGAGGUCUUGCAGCCAGGUCUGGCCAGCUAUCAAUUCAUGUUGAAUCGAGUUCUUGAGCGGCAGCAAAAGGUCAUGGCCUCUAUCGAGUGCUACGAGCGGCAACUGACACACUCCUUAGCUGUGAUCAUCUUCAAGGAGAGUGAGGAAAUGACGAUUGUUGAGGGCCCUGAAAGUGUUCUUGAGGCCAUGUGCUCUGAACUCUCCACCAUCAUUGAAACACACAUUCAGCGGUACAAGGAAAAGUGCCGCGCUGCCAUGGAUACGCAUUCCGCACGUAAGUAUGACAUCAUUGUCAACGAGCUCCGGUGUGUUCGAGAGGCCAUGUUGGCCCAGAUCAAGUCUCAGCAUGAAGCGUAUGCUCGAGAUCCAAGCUCUGUACGAGACUCCAGCUUAGACAUUCCAGUCCAGUCUCUGGACAGCACCAUCAGCAAGUUUGGGGAGAUUCUUUCCCUGAAGGCCGUUGCGAAUGCCAGCUCAAACUUCCUCUCUGAGCUCCUGAAAAUGGGCAGCUCCGUGUUGGAGGACCUUGAACUUGAGCCUGACUCAAGCAGUGAUGACAGUUUGUGUGUGGAGAAAGGACUCAACAGUUUUGUGCUAGCUUUAAGCCAGGCUCUCCAGUCGGAAGCUUUGUCCAAAGAGACUUUGUCACGUCGCCUCACGGUGCCCUCUAGUCAGACCAGUGAUGGGGACGAGACUGAAGGGGAGAGGGAGGGUUUUGUACUCCGUGUUCCAGACCUCUCUCACUACCCAGACCAGCUGGGGGCCCGAGCUGGCAGCCUGGUGCGGGAGUCUGUGUUCAGCGCCCAGCUCACGCUAUCGUUGUUCAAGCAGAAGUUAUUACACGCACGAGAGAUGAGUCAGCUGAAGGCUCGGCGGCCGGUCAGAGUCCGGCCAGAACUCAACCCAGAGGAGAGUCACGACUCUGAUGACACGCUUGACUUACAGACGGACUUCCAGGCUUUGCUGAGCCCUCUAGAGGAAGUCCUGGAGAGCAAACACGAGGAUGAGCUGGAGGUGCUGCAAGUGCUGGUUGGUCUGACCUCACAGCUCAAGGUCAAUGUGUCAGAGAGCAAGGUCGCGCUGGAGGAGCAGGUGUGUCAGCUGGAGCAAAAGUUGCAACACGAGCUGGAGGUGGCCAGACAGAGGCACGACACACACCUGGAGGUCUUCAAACAGGAGUCUCACAAGCUUGAGAAGACCCUGGAGGAGCAGCAGCAGGACCGGGAGCACUACGAGGAGCGCAGCGUCCAGCUGGAGGAGGAGCUGACCAGCAUGCAGCUGCAGCACGAGGAGGAGAAGGAAAGGGUCAAGCAGGACAUUCUGACCGCAGUGCACGCCAUACGCAACAACGACGAGAAGAGCGAGACACACCUCAUAGAGAAGGUCUCCAAGCUCAGCAAGGAGAUCGCCCUGCAGAAGCUCAGUUUCAGGAAAACAUUGGGAGCGCUGAAGAAAGAGGUGAACUCAAAAGAGAAAAGUUCACUGAUCCAGAGCAUUGAGGAACACAUCAGCUCUAUCUCACUCAGCGCAGAGGAUGAGGAGGAAGAGUACCAGCCCCCGCUUCCGACCCAGCCUCCCCCAGAAGUUCCCCAUGGAGCAGUGAGCACCCUAGAGGAGCACUCGGUCGAAGUCCAAGAGCCCUCCAAACUGGACUUGUCUCAUCAUGAGCAGGAAGUUGAGCAGUUGAGAAAGGAGAAGGAGGAGGCUCUGGCUGAGGAGAUGAGAAACACAAAAGCUGCACUGGAUGCCAUGCGGAAGGCGUACGAGGAGGAGCUGGGUCAGGAGAAGGCCAAGUACAAGGAGGCUCUGGUCACUAUGUACACAGAGGAAUAUGUCACCGAGAUACGCCUCCGGCAUCAGGAGGAUGAGGAGAAGAUGAGUGAAGAGCUGCAGAAGCUGAACAUGCACUACUCGAGCAAGUGUGAGGACUACAAGCUGCUGGAGAUGAAGCUGCAGCAGACCAAGCAGGACUUUGAGAGCCACAUCAACCAGCUUAUCUCCAGCAAUGACCAUCUGGAAGAGAUGCUGAACCGUGAGAUUGACAGCCUGAAGGACUUCAUCAAGAACAAGCCGUCCACCACCAGCAUGACCACGGGCUCCGCCACCAUCGAAGAGGAGCUCUACGACGCAAAGAUAAUGGUGAGGGUGAAGGACGCUGAGCUUCAGAAACUGCGCUCUCAGGUGAAGAACUUGGAGAACAGCUUACACAGGACUACAGAGGAGCAGAGACAGACGAUGACGCAGUACAUGCAGUCUCUGAAAACAUCGGGAGAGAUGAAGAAACAAUUCCAGGAAGAGAUCAAUCAGCUGACGGAGAAACUCAACAAAGUGCUGGGCAGUCAGGGACUUAAAGCAAACAUCCGCCGAAAGUGGGACUCUGCAGCCAGCCUAAAGGCGCCCUCAUUCCACCAGCGUGCCAGAAGCCCCAGUCCCACCAACUCCCCGUCUCCUCGCAAAGAGAGCGACCACUCAAGUCGUGACUCGCACCGUAGACGACACAUACAUCCCAAAGAUCUGAGGAGGUCAAAGAGCAGCCCUUCCUUGCCGUAUGUGUUUGACGGCAAAGCUUCCCCUGCUAAAUCAGCGGCAGCAAAACUAGCACGGAGGUCAAGGUCACCAAAGACAUAAGGAGAUAGUGGCACAUGUGUAUGAGAUAGGAACUCAGAAGUGUUAUAGGGCAUGGGAGAAGGUGGAGGUUGUGUCCUUGGCGUGAGGAAGAGGGUGAAUGUGUUGUUAUGCUGUUCUGCUGUGUUGGGACAUUUAUGAGUCAAGAGUCAGAGUGUGAUGUGUGCAUCUUGGAGGAAGUGCAGACACCACGGGCACUCAUUAGCUACUGUGUUGUUGAGUGUGUCCAACCUACUGUGUUGUUGAGUGUGUCCGACCUACUGUGUUGUUGAGUGUGUCCAACUGGCUCCUGGUGUGUCACGUCAGGGACAGGGAAGUGGUUUCUGCAUAUGGGAGGAAGUGCAGACACCACAAGCUCAUCACCAGAUUCUAGACAUGAACUUUGCUUUCUCAAAGGUGUCAGACUUGUAGUUUUCAUUAUGUAUGCUCAGAGCUGUCUUCCAAAUUGAUGGUGGGAGUGAAAGAAAAGAUUUUAACCUUACAAUAACAUCCUUGUUAAAGUAUUCUUUAAAAAAAUAAUUUUAAGCUGAAAAUGUGAAAUAGAACUUGAAAACUUGGUAAAAUUUUUAAAUUUUGGCCUAGUAAUGGUAAUAUUACUGAUACUUUGUAGGGGAAACAAUGGUAGACUGAAAUAAACAAACUGGAUGUGAAGAAAGGCCUGCUUGUAGUGGUGGCUUCCAAUUAUCCAUGCCCCACUUUUUUUUUUUAGCAUAGGUGAAGUCGGGGUUUUUUCCUCCGUAUUGUCAGUUUCUAAAAACAUUUUAGGAACCAAAAGAGAAAGGUGUAGAUGAACAUGUUUUUAAGCAUCAAUUCUGAUAUUUGGUCCACCUGGAAGUUUUUAUGUCAUAUUUCAAGUGUACAGUGGGCCACUUAUGGAAAAGUUAAUGGUUUUCUGUUCCUGCUUUAUGGUGUUUACUUUUAGUGGUGUUUACUUUUAGCGAGAGUCGGACAGAUUUUGUCAUCAGUUUCCAGUCAUCAGCUGUGGCUUUUAAGUGUAGCAAGUGGAUAUAAUCAAUUAUGACAUUUAUAUUGUGAGAGUCGGCCCAAAAGUUUGAGUCGACAGUCUUGUCUAAAUGCUAUUAAGAGCUCCCAGUCCUUCGAGUUUUCAGUCAAGAGGACAAGUCUGUUUCCAGGUGUGGGAAUUGUUGGUAAACCUGAAAGUACCAAUGUAGACCUUGGCUGAUGGAAGGCUCCUUUGGGAAGUGUAGAUUCCACGCUGUUAUACAAGGAAUGUUUUAAACUUUUGAAUUGUGUGUAAGACCUGAAAAAAAGUUCAUUGAUAUUGUUUUAUGGCUAUUUAGUGAUUGGAAAAA